UGGGGGCGCCCAGGAGCUCUCUUGAGUCACCCCCGCGCUGCCUCGUGCCGUGUGCGGUUGGCAGUCCGGCCCUCCGUGCGCUCUCGUGCUUGCAGCCCUUUCCCUUCAAGAUGCCCGAGGAAGUGCACCAUGGGGAGGAGGAGGUGGAGACUUUCGCCUUCCAGGCAGAAAUUGCCCAACUCAUGUCUCUCAUCAUCAACACCUUCUACUCCAACAAGGAAAUCUUCCUGCGGGAGCUGAUCUCCAACGCGUCUGACGCUCUGGACAAGAUCCGCUAUGAGAGCCUGACGGACCCCUCCAAGCUGGACAGCGGCAAAGAGCUGAAGAUCGACAUCAUCCCGAGCCCCCAGGACCGCACGCUGACGCUGGUGGACACCGGCAUUGGCAUGACCAAGGCCGAUCUCAUCAACAACUUGGGGACCAUCGCCAAGUCCGGGACUAAAGCCUUCAUGGAGGCUCUGCAGGCUGGUGCCGACAUCUCCAUGAUCGGGCAGUUCGGCGUCGGUUUCUAUUCUGCCUACCUGGUGGCCGAGAAGGUGGUCGUGAUCACAAAGCACAACGACGACGAGCAGUACGCCUGGGAGUCUUCUGCUGGGGGCUCCUUCACCGUGCGCGCCGACCAUGGGGAGCCUAUUGGCCGAGGCACCAAGGUGAUCCUGCACCUCAAGGAGGACCAGACUGAGUACCUGGAGGAGAGGCGGGUCAAGGAGGUGGUGAAGAAGCACUCGCAGUUCAUAGGCUACCCCAUCACCCUCUACUUGGAGAAGGAAAGAGAAAAGGAAAUCAGUGAUGAUGAAGCAGAGGAAGAAAAAGGCGAGAAGGAGGAGGAAGAUAAGGAGGAUGAGGAGAAGCCCAAGAUCGAAGAUGUGGGCUCCGAUGAGGAAGAUGACAGCGGCAAGGACAAGAAAAAGAAAACCAAGAAGAUCAAGGAGAAGUACAUCGAUCAGGAAGAACUGAACAAGACCAAGCCCAUCUGGACCAGAAACCCUGAUGACAUCACCCAGGAGGAGUACGGCGAGUUCUACAAGAGCCUCACCAAUGACUGGGAGGACCACUUGGCAGUCAAGCACUUCUCCGUGGAAGGUCAGCUGGAAUUCAGGGCUUUGCUUUUCAUCCCUCGCCGAGCUCCCUUUGACCUGUUUGAAAACAAGAAGAAGAAGAACAACAUUAAGCUGUACGUGCGCCGUGUGUUCAUCAUGGACAGCUGUGAUGAGCUGAUCCCAGAGUAUCUCAACUUCAUCCGUGGCGUGGUCGACUCCGAAGACCUGCCCUUGAACAUCUCCCGCGAAAUGCUGCAACAGAGCAAGAUCUUGAAAGUCAUCCGCAAAAACAUCGUGAAGAAGUGCCUCGAGCUCUUCUCUGAGCUGGCGGAAGACAAGGAGAACUACAAGAAGUUCUACGAGGCCUUCUCCAAGAACUUGAAACUUGGCAUCCAUGAGGACUCCACCAACCGGCGCCGCCUCUCUGAGCUGCUGCGCUACCACACCUCCCAGUCUGGAGACGAGAUGACUUCGCUGUCCGAGUACGUCUCUCGCAUGAAGGAGACGCAGAAGUCCAUCUACUACAUCACUGGGGAGAGCAAAGAGCAGGUGGCCAACUCGGCUUUCGUGGAGCGCGUGCGGAAGCGGGGCUUCGAGGUGGUGUACAUGACGGAGCCGAUCGACGAGUACUGCGUGCAGCAGCUUAAGGAGUUCGACGGGAAGAGCCUGGUGUCCGUGACCAAAGAGGGCCUGGAGCUGCCUGAGGAUGAGGAGGAGAAGAAGAAGAUGGAGGAGAGCAAGGCGAAGUUUGAGAACCUCUGCAAGCUCAUGAAGGAGAUCCUGGAUAAGAAGGUUGAGAAGGUGACAGUCUCCAAUAGGCUCGUGUCUUCGCCCUGCUGCAUCGUGACCAGCACCUACGGCUGGACAGCCAACAUGGAGCGGAUCAUGAAGGCCCAGGCACUUCGAGACAACUCUACCAUGGGCUACAUGAUGGCCAAGAAGCACCUGGAGAUCAAUCCCGACCACCCCAUCGUGGAGACGCUGCGGCAGAAGGCUGAGGCGGAUAAGAACGACAAAGCGGUCAAGGACCUGGUGGUGCUGCUGUUUGAAACUGCGCUGCUGUCCUCCGGCUUCUCCCUGGAGGAUCCCCAGACCCACUCCAACCGCAUCUAUCGCAUGAUCAAGUUAGGCUUAGGCAUUGAUGAGGACGAGGUGACAGCAGAGGAACCCAGCGCAGCUGUUCCUGAGGAGAUCCCCCCUCUCGAGGGAGACGAGGACGCCUCCCGCAUGGAAGAAGUAGAUUAGGAACUCCUUGAAGCUCCUGCCCUCUGUAUAGUGUCCCCGUGGCUCCCACAGCAGCCUUGAGUGGCCCUGUCCCACCUGGCUCCCCUGCUGAUGUCUAGUGGUCUCUCUCCUGUCCUGUGUCUUAAGGCAGGAAACACGGGCCUCAAGCCCCAUCCCCUCCUUAAUUUGACAGCGGGGUUGGAUGUUGUGUAUUGUGGUUUUUUUUGUUUAUUAUUUUGUUCUGAAAUUAAAGUAUGCAAAAUAAAGAUGAUGCCGUUUUAUACA